AUGCCGGGCUCAAUCGCUGUGAUCGGUUCGUUGAACAUUGAUUUCAUUACCCGCACUCCUCGCGUGCCGGCAGGAGGUGAGACACUUGAAGCCAGUUCUUCGGAUACUGGCUUUGGCGGAAAGGGUGCAAACCAAGCGGUAGCAUGUGCCAGACUAUCUCGCAACAGUGAUGGUUCAACUCCUGCCGAUAGCACACCCAUCAAGGUCAGCAUGGUCGGCUUUGUCGGUGAAGACUCGUUCGGUUCAGAUUUCAUUUCUGCUAUGAAGGAUACCUUCAUUGAUACCACUCAUAUUCAAAAAGUUGCCGGUCAGAAGACUGGAAUUGCCAAUAUCAUUGUUGAGGAGAAGACUGGCGAAAAUCGAAUUCUCUUCUGCCCGAACGCCAACUUCUCUGGAGCUGGAGAAGUGAAGGACUUGGUGCCUGAAGAUGCAGACGUCGUGGUUUUCCAACUGGAGAUGCCUCUUGCUCAAGUCGUGCACAAUAUCAAGCUUGCUCACUCCAAGGGCAAAUAUGUCAUCAUGAAUCCAGCACCCGCACAAAAGUUGCCCGAGGAUUUGUAUCAGUACAUCGACUGCCUGAUCAUGAACGAGAGCGAAGCGGACAUCCUCCGGGAAGCCAAAGAAGAGCUGAAGGACGAAGAUCUGCCAGAAAUCUGCGAGGCCUUCUUUAAACGUGGUGUUCCCGACAUGGUCGUCAUUACUCUUGGAGCCAAGGGCGUUUAUCACUCAACCAAGUCUCGAGGUUCGGGACACACACCUGGUCGCAAGGCGAAGGUUGUCGACACCACCGCCGCUGGUGACACCUUUGUUGGGGGUCUCGCUGUUGAGAUUGCAAAGAAUGGAGGCAAGACUCCUGAAGCUCCCCAGAAGAUAAUAGAAUUCGCCAACUCCGCUGCAGCACGUACUGUGGAGAAACCUGGAGCCAUGGCUGCUAUUCCCUGGUUCAACGAGUUACAAUCAACCAUUUAG